UUCUCGCGCGGCGCCACUUUCAGGCGCGAGAGCGUGGAGCUGCUGGGAGGCAGCGGAGGAGGAGGAAGCCGCCCUCUGGAGAGUCUCGCUCGCGCCACUUUUCCCGCCAUGGAAGGGAGCGAGGGAGCGCGCGACGGGGCUGGCGACGGUUGCCAUGAAGCAACUGAUUCUGCAAAUCUUACAGCUUCACGUUCGCGGCGUGAGAAGAAGUCUAAAAAAGGGAGACAAGAAGCAUUGGAACGUUUGAAAAAGGCAAAGGCUGGAGAGAAAAUAAAAUAUGAGGUUGAGGAAUUCACAAGUGUUUAUGAUGAAAUUGACGAAGAGCAGUAUUCUAAGAUUGUUCGAGAACGGCAGGAUGAUGACUGGAUUGUCGAUGAUGAUGGGGUUGGUUAUGUUGAAGAUGGCAGAGAGAUUUUUGAUGAAGACUUAGAAGAUGAUGCUCUUGAUUCCAACAAGAAAAGAAAAAGAGACACGGCUUCCACAAAUGAAAAGAAAAAUGUGAAGAAGGCUCUGGUAUCAAAACCAAACACUAUUAAAUCUAUGUUUAUGGCCAGUACUGGAAAGAAAAAUGCUGAUAAAACUGUUGACCUGUCUAAGGAUGAUUUGUUAGGAGACAUUCUCCAAGAUCUGAAUGCAGAGUCUGUCAUUAUAGCACCACCAGUUCCAGUACUAAAAAGGAAGAGGAUUUUUGGAACACCGUUAAAUCCUUUUUCUGUGCAGUCUCAAGCUGCAACCUCCAAGAGAUUGUCUUCUGUAGUUGAGAAGACAAUCCCUCCUGACACAAAAGAAGCUUCUGCAGUAAAUUCAUCUUAUUCUAAGCAUUCAGUUUACCAAGCCACAUCAGAUGUAGUCAAAGAAGAGAGCUCUACCCUGGAAAAUGAAAUGGACCCUGUGGAAAAUGGAGAUCUGCUAAAAAUGAAACAAGAGGAUAAUACUAAAGAGGAUGGACAAGCUAUAAUGGAUUUUGAUGAUGGGGACUUUGAUGAGGCUAUGGAGGGUGUCAGAACUGUAGCAGAAACCAUGGCAUCUGUGAAGGAAGAAGUUAAAUUAGAAGACAAGAAAUCACAGCAAGAGGACUCUGAGAAAUCAGGUUCACAUUUCUUAAGCUCCUCCCUCCCUGGAAUUUCCUGUUGGGACAGAAUUGAUGAAAAUGAAGAUGGUCAUCUAGCUGCAGAAAUUCAAGUAGACUCCAGUCAACUCCCACUAAUAACUGGGGAAGAUGGGCAGCAGGUCUUCAGGUUCUAUUGGCUGGAUGCUUAUGAAGAUCAGUAUACUCAACCAGGAGUGGUAUUUCUCUUUGGUAAAGUGUGGAUUGAGUCAGCAAAGUCCUAUGUGAGCUGUUGUGUUACAGUAAAAAAUAUUGAGAGAACUAUUUACCUACUGCCACGUGAGUCGCGAAUUGAUACAUCUUCUGGGAAAGAGACAGAGAAUCCUGUAACUAUGAUGGAUGUCUAUCAAGAAUUUAAUGAUCAAGUUGCAGAAAAAUACAAAAUAAUGAAGUACAAGUCCAAGAAAGUGGAAAAGAAUUAUGCUUUUGAGAUACCAGAUGUUCCUGCAAAAUCUGACUACUUAGAAGUUAGAUUCUCGGCUGAACAUUCACAGCUUCCUCAAGACCUGAAAGGAGAGACUUUUUCCCAUGUAUUUGGAACAAACACUUCCAGUCUAGAGCUAUUGUUAAUGAACAGGAAGAUUAAAGGACCAGGCUGGCUGGAAAUAAAAAAUCCACAACUCUUGACACAGCCUGUCAGUUGGUGUAAAGUAGAAUUAGUGGCACUGAAGCCUGACUUUGUGAAUGUGGUGAAAGAUCUCCCCCCACCUCCUCUCGUGAUCAUGUCUCUUAGCAUGAAGACAGUUCAAAAUACAAAGACUCAUCAGAAUGAGAUUAUGGCAAUUACAGUUUUAAUACAUCAUAAAUUUUGUCUGGACAAAGCACCACCUGUGCCUCCUUUUCAAACUCACUUCUGUGUUAUUUCUAAACCAAAUGAUUGCAUUUUUCCAUAUAACUUCAAAGAACUGGUUAAGAAUAAGAAUGCCAAAAUAGAGAUUGCCACAACAGAGAGGACACUGCUUGGUUUUUUCUUGGCAAAGGUUCAUAAAAUUGACCCAGAUGUUAUUGUGGGACACAAUAUUUAUGGCUUUGAUCUGGAACUACUUCUCCAGAGAAUUAACUUCUGCAAAGUUCCACAUUGGUCCAAGAUAGGUCGACUGAGGCGAUCAAACAUGCCAAAACUUGGGGGUCGCAGUGGAUUUGCUGAAAAGAAUGCAACUUGUGGUAGAAUGAUCUGUGAUGUAGAAAUUUCAGCAAAGGAACUGAUCCGUUGUAAAAGUUACCAUUUGACUGAACUUGUCAAUCAGAUUCUGAAAGUGGAAAGAGUGACAAUUCCACCUGAAGAGAUACGAAAUAUGUACAGUGAUUCCAAUCAACUACUUUACAUGAUGGAGAACACCUGGCUUGAUGCCAAGUACAUUUUACAGAUAAUGUGUGAGCUAAAUGUUCUUCCACUAGCCCUACAGAUUACAAAUAUUGCUGGCAAUGUUAUGUCAAGAACACUGAUGGGUGGGCGAGCUGAGCGCAAUGAAUACUUGCUCCUUCAUGCAUUUUCUGAAAAGAAUUUCAUUGUUCCUGAUAAACAACUGUUUAAAAAGACUCAGCAGAAACAGGUAGAAGAAGAUGAAGAUUUUGAAGGUGAUCAGAAUAAACCAAAGAUAAGGCGAAAAAAGGCAGCAUAUUCUGGAGGUUUAGUUUUGGAUCCAAAAGUUGGUUUUUAUGACAAGUUUAUUUUGCUUUUAGACUUCAAUAGUUUGUACCCUUCAAUUAUUCAAGAGUUUAAUAUCUGCUUUACAACAGUUCACAGAGUAUCUUCCAGUCUGCACAAAAAGACAGAGGAUGGAGAAGAAGAAAUUCCUGAAUUACCAGAUUCAUCUCUAGACAUGGGAAUUUUGCCUAAAGAGAUCAGAAAGCUAGUUGAACGAAGGCGUCAGGUGAAGCAGUUGAUGAAACAGCCAGAUUUAAAUUCUGACCUCUACUUACAGUAUGAUAUCAGACAGAAGGCGCUGAAGCUUACAGCUAAUAGCAUGUAUGGAUGCCUAGGGUUUUCCUACAGCAGAUUCUAUGCAAAGCCUCUUGCUGCUCUGGUGACUUUCAAAGGCAGAGAGAUUUUGAUGCAUACCAAGGAGAUGGUAGAGAAGGAAGAAAACCCAUUGUCAUUGUACAUAAUUUAUGGUGAUACAGACUCUAUUAUGUAAAUACAAAACAUUACCAACCGAGAAGUCUUUAAACUGGGGACAAGGUAAAUGAAUAUAAAAAGUGAAGUGAACAAGCUGUACAAGCUGUUGGAGAUUGAUAUUGAUGGAAUCUUUAAGUCCCUCUUACUACUAAAAAAGAAGAAAUAUGCUGCUCUGGUUGUAGAGCCAACAGGAGAUGGAAAAUACAUUACCAAGCAAGAACUCAAAGGACUGGAUAUAGUCCGAAGAGAUUGGUGUGAUCUUGCAAAAGAAACUGGAAAUUACAUAAUUAGCCAGAUACUUUCUGACCAAUCCCGAGACAUGAUUGUCGAAAAUAUACAAAGGAGGUUAAUUCAGAUUGGAGAAAAUGUAGUAAAUGGCAGUGUUCCAAUAAAGCAAUUUGAAAUCAACAAGGCAUUGACAAAGGAUCCCCAAGAUUAUCCAGACAAAAAGAGUCUUCCUCAUGUGCAUGUUGCUCUGUGGAUAAACUCUCAAGAGGGUAGAAAACUGAAAGCUGGAGAUACUGUAUCUUAUGUUAUCUGCCAGGAUGGAUCAAAUCUAAGUGCCAGCCAGAGAGCAUAUGCUCCAGAACAAUUGAAAAAACAAGAAAAUCUUGCCAUUGAUACUCAGUACUAUCUGUCACAACAGAUUCAUCCGGUAGUGGCUCGUAUUUGUGAACCCAUAGAUGGAAUUGACUCUGUUCUUAUUGCAGCAUGGCUUGGACUGGAUCCCUCACAGUUCAAAGUCUAUCACCAUUAUCAUAAAGAUGAGGAGAAUGAUGAUUUGCUUGGUGGUCCAGUUCAGCUCACUGAUGAAGAGAAAUAUAAAGCCUGUGAAAGAUUCAGGUUUUCCUGUCCAAAAUGUGGAACAGAAAAUAUUUAUGACAGUGUCGUUAAUGGUUCGGGCCUAAUGAUUGAAGCCAGCCUGUUCCACUGUAGCAAAAAAGAAUGUAAUGAAUCACCUUCAAAGUACUUAAUGCUGAUGAACAACAAACUAAUGUUGGAUAUAAGAAGUUACAUUAGAAAAUAUUAUGCCAGUUGGCUGAGAUGUGAAGAGCAGACAUGCCAAUAUCGUAUGCAUAGACUCCCCCUGCGUUUUUCCCGGAAUGGUCCUUUGUGUCCUGUCUGUAGGAAGGCAAUUGUGAAACGAGAGUAUUCUGACAAGGCCCUAUUUACCCAGCUAUGUUUCUACCGAUACAUUUUUGAUGUGGACUAUGCAAAGCAAAAACUUACUAAUCAGGAGAAAGAUCGAUUGAAGAGCCAGUUGUUCUUGAACAAUGAGGUCAAGGAAAUGUACAGAAAACUGAAGAACACAGUGGACCAGUGGUUGGACAUGAGUAGCUACUCUGAAGUGAACCUCAGCAAACUUUUCCAGACAUUCAAUAUAGUAAAAUCUGUGGGAGAUCCCAGUACUUAAACACUGUAUUUGGAUAUAAUGGGGCAAAAUACCUUUGUGGUCUCUUUUCUAGAUAGAAAUCUUCUUUCUUUUUCCUUUCUUUCUAUUUGUAGUCGCACACAAGUGCUGUUGUAUGUGGCUUAAAGAACUACACAUGCAUAUUUUAAAUAAAAUCUGACUGUAUUAAAUGGUUAAUAUGGAAAGAAAAUCCAUGUGAAAAGUCAGUAGAUAUACUGGGCACCUGUACAGCUUAUGUUUCAAUAAAUAUCUGUUGUAUAUCUAGACCUCUAGAAGGGAAGAAAGGGGUGGAGAAAUAGCUCCUUUAAUUGAAUAAUUCCCAGUGAGAGUUGCUGGAAUGUAAGUGAUCCUAGACUUUGCUCCAGGGUAUUUAGUAGAGGUGCUCUCGGGAAAAGAGGUUAGUGGAGGUCUCAGUAGGAGCACUAAUGUUUUCCCUUGUUACAGUUUAUCUAGUUGUGAUCAUAUACACAGCAGUUAAAAACAAUGCUAAGCCUAAAUGCUUCCUAUUAAUGCUUUAGUUUAAUAUGAUAUUUACUUUUGAAACUGUUUUCGAGUGUGGAGUUGUUUUGCCAAACAAAAUGUUCAUUCGAACAAUAUUGUGCUAUAAGGAUACAGAGUAACUGUAUGGAAAUGAAUGCGAAAGCACCAAUUGACUUCUGAACAGGGCACAAAGACGGCAUGUGUGUGGCGGAUUCUCCCUGCCACAUGUUUGUGUCUAAAUGUUACACUUUGCUUCUUUGGGAUUCAAUAGCAACAAAACCUAUUAUCAUGAGAAAAAAGGCAUGAGAUGUAAAAAUGGGACAUAUUUCAACCAAGAAAUAAAGACGCCUGCUAUACUCUGGUAAAGAAAUAAAACCUCUGAAAAGUUUUAAGAGGCUUAUAAGUAUUGUCCAGUGUAUUUACUGGCAGUAAAAUAAUAAACACAAGCAGUAAAAAUCAAACAGUGUUUGUUUGGGAGGAGAGAGGGAUUUUGACUUCUUUAUAGAGCUAUUCUUACAGUUCUAGACAAUCUAUACUGCCAUUUGGCCAUAUAUAUAAAGGUAUUUUAAUAUGAAUGUAAAAUUUUACACUUGGUAAAGAAAAAUAAUAAAAUUUUCUAAUGUAAAAAGAAAAUUGAGUGGUGUGCACAUAUUAAACUUACCAGUAAGAUAGCAUAGCAAUACUAGUUUAUGGAUGGCCAUCUGUCGGGUAUGCUUUGACUGAGAGUUCCUGCAUGGCCAGGGGUUGGACUGGAUGGCCCUGGCGGUCUCUUCCAACUCUACGCUUCUAUGAUUCUAUAUUUUUAGAUUUCUGCAGCUGAGGGAGGAAAAGACCCCAGGGUGCUCUUUCUCAUCAGCAAGUAAUAACUGGUAAGAACUCCUUAGUAUCAUAUUUAGAAAGAUUCAGAAGCAUUAUCAUAGAUUCUCAUAGUAUACCCCAAAACAACAAAUACCAUGAGGUUUGAGAAUAUCCUUUCACGUAUGGCCACAGACUAAUGAAGGAACAACAAAUGAUU